AUGAUGGGCCGCACUGCACUGCUCCAGGAAGCGCUGGAGUUCAUGGUACCGGAGACGCUGGACAAGGUCCUGCAGGACGAGGAUGUCUCGGCGUUUGCGGAGCCCAGCAUAGAAGUCACCGAACUGGAACCAGUGUCGUUCACGGCGACAGUGCCGUUGGAACCGACAGUAGACCUGGGUGACUAUCGCGAGAUCCGGGUGGAAUCCGAGCCGGUGGAGGUCACCGAGGAAGCGGUCGACGAGGUCCUAGACCGUGUUCGGAAUGAACAGGCGGUUUGGGAACCGGUGGAAAGGGCGGCAGAGUAUGGCGACCGCCUGAACCUCAACGUCCUGGGGAUCCUGGACGAGGAAACGGUGGUGGAGGACGAAGACGUGGAGUACAUUCCCGCUGAGGAGAAUGUGCUGCCGUUCCCCGGUUUUGCGCCCAACCUGGUGGGCCUGUCGGAAGAAGACGAAAGCGAGUUCACGGUUACCGUUCCCGAAGAUUAUCCGCGCGAACAGUAUGCGGGCAAGGACAUUGAGUUCAAGGUUUUGGUGCUGUCGGUCAAGGAAAAGUCGUUGCCCGAACUGGACGAUGAAUUUGCCAGAUCAAUCGGCGACGGGAUUGACGACCUGGAAACAUUGCGAACCAAUAUCCGCGAUUCGUUGACGGCGCAGGCGGAGAGUACGGCGCGCAACGAUUUGGAGCAAAAGAGCCUCGAUGCGCUGCGUGACGUGGCCGUGGUCAACGCGUCGUCCAUCCUGUACGAGCGGGAACUGGAAGCGAUGCAGGCGGACCGGGAGCGAAUGCUGCGGCAGCAGGGCCUGGACCUGCCGACCUACCUGCGUUUCAUGGGCAAGUCGCCGGAUGAAUUCCUUGACGGUAUGCGCCCAGACGCGGAACGCCGGUUGGUGAGUGGCUUGGUGAUGCGCAAGCUGGCGGAAGUGGAAGAGAUCGAGAUCACCGACGAGGACGUUCAAGCGGAAACCGACCGACUGCUGGAGCUGUCCGCAGGGGAACAAGCGCAGGAAGUAGACGAAGCGGAGGAAGGGUACCUGGAGGGCGAAGCGGACGAAGCGGAGGAAGGGCACCUGGAGGACAAAGCGGACGACGAGGAAGAAGGGUCGCACCUCGACUCGCUGCGAGAGUUUCUCGGUUCGGCUUCAACGCGCGAUAACAUCCGAUCCCGGCUGCACAGCCAGCGGGUCAUGGACCGACUCACGGACAUCGCCCAAGGCAAGUUGGACGAAGAUGUUGCAGCACAAGCGAGCGCCUCGGGGGCCGAAGAAGACCAGGUCGCCGAAUCGGAUGCCGCAGAACCUGUCGAAACCCCCGAAGAAAGCGAUGGCAAUGCCACCGCGGGCGAUCAGGCGGAGGAGCAAGCAUGA